GGCCUUUAGAGUGCCAGUUCCUCUCUGACGCACAACAUGAAGCCACCGCAGCGACGGCGUACGGUCCCGGCACGUUACCUGGGUGAGGUGACUGGCCCUGCAGCUUGGAGUCCCCGCGAGAAGCGGCAGCUACUGAGACUACUUCAAAGCCGGCGUGGCCAGCCGGAGCCAGACGCCGCGGAGCUGGCCACCGAGCUGCAGGGCCGCAGUGAAGCUGAGGUCCGGCAUUUCAUUCAGCAGCUCAAAGGCCGAGUGGUUCGGGAGGCCAUUCGGAAAGUGCAUCCAGGUCCAAGGCACUGCGAAGCACAACUUCCAGCCCCCAUAGAGGUAUGGACAGAUUUAGCUGAGAAACUAACAGGCCCACUGGAGGAAGCCCUGACUACAGCUUUCUCCCAGGUGCUCACUAUUGCUGCAGCGGAACCCAUCAGCCUCUUGCACUCUAAACCCCCCAAACCCACAAAGGCCUGUGGAAAGCCACUGCUGUUCAUCACCCACUCAGGGUGGGACCCCAGUGCCCCUAAGACCUCUAGCCAGUCUCCUGAGGCCUCUUGCCACACCCCAGAGUCAUCUGACCCUGCCCCAGAUGCCCCAGUGGAAUCACUGGAUGGAACCUCAGCAGAGGGAUAUUUCAGCGUGGACUUUGAAAAGAUCUACAAGUACCUGUCCCUCUCUUCCAGAAGUGGCCAUGGCCUUGAGCUCUCAGCAGCUGAGUCAGCCGUGGUUCUUGAUCUACUCAUGUCACUUCCUGAGGAGCUGUCUCUACUGCCAUGCACAGCUCUGGUGGAACAUAUGAACAAAACAUAUGCUCACUUGAUGACUCCUCAACCCAAUGCCCCUGGUAGACGAAGCCCAAGGCUCGGGGCUGAAGAUGGUGAGACUGGCUCCAAUGAGCCAGAAGAGCAUAACCAGGCAAAUCCUCAAGCUCCUGAGUCUAGAGAAUUGAGACUGGCCUGGCAAGCAUCUGGGAUCUGCCCCCUAAACCCAUUCCUGGUGCCCCUGGAGCUCCUGGGCCGGGCAACUACUCCUGCAAGGUGAGGAGUUUUGCAAGCAGUGGACACACUGACUUCCCCUGGGAUCCCAGGCUUGUGCCCCUGGUGUUGGGUUGUCAUGAGGAUUGUUCAGGAAGGUUCCUGCCAUGGUACUCAGGGUCUCAGAAGUGGAAGCACAGUUGCCAUGGAGAGUGGAGACAGGACUGUACACACAGGCAAUAUAAAUACCUGAACAGGAAAAUGGGGCUGGCUUCUACAGCUCAGCUAUAUCUGGUUCUGUGCUAGGGGUACCAGUGUCACUCACACUGUAACCCAUUUCACUCACGUGCCCUUUGUUUAGGAGUCCAUUUGUAGUCUUUCAGUCUGGAGUCCAACACUUUCCCAGGCCUUACCUGACACUGUCCUUGCUCCUUCCUGGGGUGGUUUGUGACCUCCAAUAAAGUGCUCAUCUACCCA